AUGCAGCAACUCUUUAAGCCUCCCCCCGAUGUUGAAUCCAUCCAAAUGGGAGAUUAUAUAGAAGUGCUUAUUGGGGAGCACAUAGGGAAGUGUGGCAUCGUGCGUUGGCUGCCCAAAGGAGCAGACAGUCUGUGGUUCCAGGACGGAACAUUGAACAUUCCAGUUCCCAUUUCAUUUAUUUGGUGGUCCCACCUCCCCCACCUCCAGACAUUGCAGUACACGAAAGACAGGGGUUACGAUGUUAAACCUGGAGAUGUUGUAAGAGUGGUUCGUGGGCCAGAGUAUCUGACAAAAGGGGUUGUUCAAAGCAUCGACUUUCCAAAAGCUCGCUUGACCCUACUCUCUGACAUUGACCAUUCACUCGUUGACGUUCAUAUGCAACGCCAACUUUGA